ACAGAUUCUUGAAGAGAGAGAAGAGAAGAGAAGAGGAGAAAAGGGAAAAGAAACAAUCUUUGAUCUCUUUAGAUCAUACCCAUUUGAGGUAUUUCAUUCACCCUUUGAAUUGAGAUGAAGAAGAAUAGUUUUGCAUCAAAAACAUCUUCAAAAUGCACAGCGGUGUUGCCAUAUCAAACCCCAAGGCUGAGGGAUCAUUACCUUCUUGGCAAGAAACUUGGGCAAGGUCAAUUUGGCACCACAUACCUGUGCACCCACAAAACCACAGGGAAGCUCUAUGCCUGCAAAUCCAUCCCAAAGAGGAAGCUUUUGUGUCAAGAUGAUUAUGAUGAUGUGUGGAGAGAGAUUCAGAUCAUGCAUCAUUUGUCAGAGCACCCAAAUGUGGUUCAGAUACAGGGAACCUAUGAGGACUCUGUGUUUGUGCACCUUGUAAUGGAGCUCUGUGCUGGGGGUGAGCUUUUUGAUAGGAUCAUUCAGAAGGGUCAUUACAGCGAGAGAGAGGCUGUUAAGUUGAUCAAGACCAUUGUUGCGGUGGUGGAGGCAUGCCACUCUCUUGGGGUCAUGCAUAGGGACCUCAAGCCUGAGAAUUUCUUGUUUGAUACCCCUGGUGAAGAUGCCAAGAUGAAGGCCACGGAUUUUGGUUUAUCUGUUUUCUACAAGCCAGGUCAAGCCUUUCAUGAUGUAGUUGGAAGUCCAUACUAUGUUGCCCCUGAGGUGUUGUGCAAGCAAUAUGGACCAGAAGUGGAUGUAUGGAGUGCUGGUGUUAUCCUAUACAUCUUACUGAGUGGGGUCCCACCUUUCUGGGCUGAAUCCGAAUCAGGAAUUUUCAGACAGAUUUUACAUGGAGAGCUUGAUUUUGUAUCUGAACCAUGGCCUAGUAUCUCAGAAAGUGCUAAAGAUUUGGUAAAACAGAUGCUGGAUAGGGACCCCAAGAAUAGAAUUUCUGCUCAUGAAGUCUUGUGUCACCCUUGGAUUGUUGAUGAUACCAUUGCCCCUGACAAGCCUCUGGAUUCUGCUGUUUUGACACGCCUAAAGCAUUUCUCAGCAAUGAAUAAACUUAAGAAGAUGGCACUUCGUGUCAUAGCAGAAAGACUUUCAGAGGAAGAAAUAGGUGGGUUAAAAGAGUUAUUUAAAAUGAUUGACGCAGACAACAGUGGGACAAUAACAUUUGAGGAACUAAAGGAUGGUUUGAAAAGUGUGGGCUCUAAUCUCAUGGAAUCUGAAAUCAAAUCCCUUAUGGAAGCGGCUGAUAUAGACAACAGUGGAACAAUAGACUAUGGUGAAUUUCUUGCUGCCACACUGCACUUGAAUAAGAUGGAAAGAGAGGAGAAUUUGGUUGCAGCUUUUGCCUAUUUCGAUAAAGAUGGUAGUGGUUACAUCACCAUUGAUGAGCUUCAACAGGCUUGUAAAGACUUUGGCCUAGGGGAAGUACAUCUAGAUGAAACGAUCAAAGAGAUUGAUCAAGACAAUGAUGGGAGAAUUGAUUAUGGGGAGUUUGCAGCAAUGAUGAAAAAGGGUGAUGCACAUGUUGGUAGGAGCAGAACCAUGAAAGGCAAUUUGAACUUCAAUAUAGCAGAUGCAUUUGGAGUCAAGGACUCUUCUUGAUAUGCUAACUGAAAUCUUUUGUACAGUUAGGAAGCAUGAUGAUAGAAGAAAAAACGUAGUCAAAUUUACAUAGCUACAUGAUUAUGAUUUGUUUACUUUUGUAUUAGAACUUUGUUUACUU